AUGUCUUCUAUUAAAGAGCUCGGUGAAAGAAUUGCCAGCAACUCGGCUAUAGUCGAGAAAUGGUUGGUCAACAAGGGCGCCAGAAUGCCGUCCUUCGAGCAGGAUGCAGACGACGAGUUCCCUGAUACUGCCGAUGAGCUCGAGAUUGAGGCGGCACGGCUGGCGAUUAUAGACGACACAAGCGCCCUUCAUGACUUGCUUCUUGGUCCACGAGAAGUCCUGGCUCGGGUCUGGGGUGGUUCCCUCGACAAUGCUGCCCAACAAUGCAUCUACCAUUUCAACAUUCUUCAAGCGAUUCCACUGGAGGGCGGUGCUACCUAUACAGAAAUCUGCGCAAAAGUCGGUUUGUCUGAGAGGAAAGUUAAAACCCUUGUGCGUAAAGCAGCCUUUAACCGUAUGCUGCGAGAAGACAUCCCUGAUCAUGUUGUUCACACCGCGGCCUCGGCCCUUCUUGUGCGAAAUAGUAGCAUGAUGGACUACUUCGGGUUCUUCGUUGAGCAGAUGUUCCCUACCAGCGCAAAACUCGCCGAGGCACUGGAGAAAUACCAAGACAGCACAGCUGCUGAGGACACCGCAUUCGGUCUUGCCUUCAACACAAAGGAGACCUUAUUCCAGUUCCUCGAGCAACGUCCCGAGUUGCAAGCUCGAUUCGCUGGUGCGAUGGAGGGUGUUGGCAAGGAUCCUAGUCAAAGUCAGAGACACGUUGUUGGCGGUUCCUCCGGUUUCAUGAGUGUAGAGCUCGCGCAAGCAUACCCGAACCUGAAAAUGGUGGUAGAAGAUUACAAAAAGAACAUUGAGCAGGGAGCCGCACAAUUGCCACCCGAAUUGGCCGGGCGAGUGAAGUUCGUGUCGCAUAACUUCUUUGAUAGCCAACCGGUGGUGGGUGCCGAAGUCUACAUUUUGCGUCAUAUCUGCCACGACUGGUCUGCCGAAAACAGCGCCAAGAUCCUUCGCCAGAUUGUACCAGCCAUGAAGCCUGAGAGCAAGAUUCUGCUAGUGGAAAUUGUUGUUUCGCCAUCGGAUAGACCGAUGUCUAGUAUCGCAGAGCGGUACCUGCGGGACCUUAACAUGGUUCAGCUACUGAAUGCACAGGAGCGAAGUGAGUCUGAGUGGAGGGAAAUCGUUAGUGCAGCAGAUUCCCGUCUCGAGCUGACCCGCAUUAUCGCUCGUGUUACCAACGAUUUGAACGUCAAUGUUGUCAGUCCCUACAUUGCUGCACAAGAAGCUAUCAAACACUGGGCAUCUCUUCCCACAGAGGACAAGAAGCUGUUCAUCUACACAGGCAAUAUUACAAAUGUCGCUAUAGUGCCUGUACCGCUUUUGUUGAAUGCUGGAAUGGGGAAGUCCGCAACCGCCUACUGGCUUGGUGUUGCUGACGGGGCAUAUGCAGCAAAGGGUUACCGGCAAGUUCUCUUUCCAAAUUAUGUUCCAUCCACACAAAGUGCAGAUGGCAAGCUCGCAGGCCCAACAGUUAACGGACCGGCCCAUGCCGAUUUCUUUUCGCAGCUGGCGGCCAGCGGUGCGGAGAAUGUCCCGUGGCAUGCAACGUUUGUCAAGGACAAAGGCUAUGUCAAAUUCUAG